AUGAGUGUAGAAAACAACCGAGUUUCAAGUGUCCUUACUGCGUAUACCGGGCUUACCAGAAGCACAAUCUCCUGCUUCAUGAGCGCCAUCUACAUAAAGAUUUGCCAGAGAAGGUGGAUUUCGUGUCGGAAUGACCAGCCGCCAAUAGAGGUGUCUAAUCCCUUUGGCAGAACAACAAAGAAAAUGGAGGUUCUUCUAAUUAACUCAAGAUUUAUAAAAAAGAAAUGA